GAGAAAUCGACUGCGUCAGACUGUUCACGAUCGAGGGUUCAGACGAACUUUGAACAAGCCUAUCAUGGCCAACAUCAUACCGCCAUACCCGUCGACACCAUAUCUACUUGGAGGCCUUUUCGUGUUGUACAUUGGGUAUAGGAUCGCCUCUGCAGUACGCAUCAAUGCCAGGAUUCGCAAACUUGGCGCCCGAGCGCCCGUUCGAAAAUCAUAUGUGCCUCUAGGCCUGGAUAUAGCCUACGAAGCCAUCAGCUAUUCACUCAAGGACAAGAGCUACGAGAUGUGGAUCCAGAUGUUCGACAAAUGGGCUGGUCCAGGACGCUAUACCAUCGAAGCUGGUGUAGGGCAAAGAGUGAUCCUGACUGCCGAACCCGAGAACAUCAAGGCCAUCCUCGCGACCCAGUUUAAAGACUACGGUAAGGGAGAGCAGUUCCGGAAGAACUGGCAUGCUUUCCUGGGGAACGGUAUCUUCACAACAGAUACCACGCUGUGGCAUAACUCACGCCAACUCAUCCGGCCUCAAUUCAUUAAGGAUCGCCUCUCGGAUAUCGACAUCUUCGAGACACACACGCAAGUACUUCUCUCUAAGCUCGCCGGUGGACAACCCAUCGAUACAAUGGACAUGAUGUUCCGUUACACGCUCGAUGCAGCAACACAUUUCCUCCUUGGUGCCAGCGUAGACUCCCUCAAUCACCCGCAGACAAAGUUCGCGGACGCCUUCUACAACGCUCAGCGUGUGCAGUCCAUCAUUGAACGUAUGGGACCACUGAACUGGGCAGUACCUCGCAAGCGGAUGGGUUUCUACGACAGCAUCAAAACCAUCGACGAGUUCGUGAGCAUGUACAUCGACCGCGCUCUUGCUCUGUCCACCGAGGAGCUUGACGAGAAGAGUAACCACGACUCCGGCUACACGUUCCUCCACGCCAUCGCAGGGUAUACACGGGACAGGCAGAUGCUGCGCGAUCAACUCGUAUCCGUGUUACUCGCUGGCCGUGACACGACGGCCUGCACUUUGUCAUGGGCAAUAUACCACCUCUCGCUGUCACCGAGCAUGACCGCGAAGCUGAGGCAGGAAAUUAUCGAAACCGUUGGUCUCACUGAGAAGCCAACGUAUCAGCACUUGAAGGGCAUGAAGUACCUGCAGCACGUGCUGAAUGAGACACUACGCCUAUAUCCCGUGGUGCCGUACAAUGUCCGCGUGGCGCUGAAGGAUACCACGCUGCCCACUGGAGGCGGCCCGAACCGCGACCAGCCAAUUGGUAUUUUGGCCGGCACCCCAAUCGGGUACUCGACGCUUGUCAUGCAAAGGAGAGCAGAUCUCUAUCCUGCCGAGUCCACGGGGUUUGCGGACCCAACGCAUUUUGUGCCCGAACGUUGGGACUCGUGGACACCUAAGUCAUGGACGUACAUUCCGUUCAACGGCGGCCCGCGCAUCUGCAUCGGCCAGCAGUUUGCGCUUACAGAGAUGGGAUACACGCUCGUGCGGUUGUUGCAGCGGUUCAGCGGAAUUGAGAACUUGAUGGGCGGCGAGCACCCCGGGCUCCAUGCUGAUAUCGUGCUGCAGCCGGCACAUGAAGUGAAGGUGCGGUUCGUGGAGGGGGAGAGUGGGUGAGGAUAGAUUAUGAUGCUGCAUGGGAGUAGGUACUUGUAUAACACCCAGCCAUUGAUUGCUGCUUGCCGAGCAGCUCUGGAGUGCAGCAAACCAUACAUCUGUGAUGCCAGUACUCUGAGUACGUCGAGGCUGGGCUUUCGACUGAAGUCUUGCAUAACAAGGCUGUGAACGCCUUUUAUCGUAUUGCCAUUCUUGCAGUAAGAAUAGUUCAGAUAUUCUGCAAUGCCGCCGCGCUGGACAAGAAUAGCUAUGAGCUUUUGACACCCUAAUGAACAUUCA